AUGCGAGCCUUAAACGAUGCCAUGCACAACUUCAAGCUGUCUCGCCCUUGCCUCCUCUUUACCUGCCUCCUCACUGUCCUCCUCAUCUCGUUCCUCUAUCUCUCCAGCCCCUCGAUCGACUCCGAAAUCCAUAACGCUCCUCUCAUCCUCACAACGGACUCAGAGGACGGCAAUCAAGUGCCUGCGAAAUUCCUCCAAAGUUUCGAGCCUCUCGACUCCAACGUCAGCUACUGCGAGUACAACUUCAACUUUCCCAGAGACCUCGAUUUCGCCGAUGGGGACCUCAAUUUCGGAGCGGAACAGGGAAAAGAAGGUCCCUACAGGAUACUGUACAAUGUUGUCGCUGCCAAGAUAGCUCCUGACACGCCUGCUAUUACCUAUGCGACACACGUGACAGCUGAUUUCAUGAAUUAUAUACCAGAGUUAGUGAGGUAUUGGGACGGGCUGAUUAGCAUAGCAGCCUUCGUUCCUGAUCUCGACGUAGCGUUAGUGUUGAGGCAACUCAACCAAUACUGUUAUUGUCUUCCAGGAAUGGCACGCGUUUCCUUACAUUUAGUCAUAGACAAAACGUUACCUCCCUCCCGAAAAGAUGUUUAUUUCACUAAACCGGACAGCUGUGAAGUAGAAGAUUCGUCACAGCUACAAACUUACAGGAAUGUCGACGAGAAGGUGAUGUAUCCUAUCAACGUGUGCAGGAACGCCGCAAGGACAGCCGCCUUGACCGAACAUGUCUUGGUGUCAGACAUCCAGCUGAUGCCAAGCGGAAACCUAGCCCGGAGUUUCCUCGAAAUGAUCGACCAAUACAAAUUGGCUGAUUGCCAGAACAGAGUCUUCGUGCUGCCGAUCUUCGAAGUGGAAGAAGGCCAGGAAAUCCCUCGAACGAAGGAGCGAUUGCAGGAGUUGAUUGGUCAGGAGAAGGCCGUCUACUUUCACAGACACAUUUGUUCGCACUGCCAAAGGUUUCCAGGCAUUGAGGCUUGGUUGGUUUCUGAUCCGGGAGAUACUGUCAAGCCAUUGGCAACAGUAAGAAGAGAAGUGCCUUACCAUCGAUGGGAACCGAUCUAUAUAGGAACAAAGAAUGAACCUCUGUACAAUGAACUGUUAUCCUGGGAAGGACUGCAAGACAAAAUGUUACAGAUGUUGGAGAUGUGCCUUAUCGGUUACAAGUUCGUUAUACUAGAUGGUGCUUAUCUGGUACACUGGCCUGGAAUGAAGAAAACGAAAACCAAAGAUGAAGAACCGUGGAGGAUACCGUUUAUCAAGAAAAAUUCGGAGGAGUACAAAAAGUACUUGACUAGUUUGAUUGAAAGAUAUGCCCCAAAAAGACAGUGCAAAAUACAAUAA